AUGUUGGCUGAGGGCCGUAAAGCGCACAGCACAUCAAUUAAUGCACAAUUACAAGGUGCCAGGGUGUGUAUGUGUGUGCGAGAGAGAGAGAGAGAGAGAGAGGGAGAGUGGAGGAGAGAGUGAAAAUGAGAGAGAAUGAAAUAAAGGGAAAGAGAGAGGAGUAUAUGUGUGUGUGUGUGUGUGUGUACUGCUCAAAUCUAAUUAUUCUUUGGCUUUCCUCAGAGCAGGGACAGAGUCCGUUAGACAGACUGCUGGUGGCUGAAGGUUUUCAUUGCUGCAAAUACCCCCCCUCUCUGUUUCUUUACAUCUCUCUCUUUAUUUCCUCCUGUCUGCUCUCUCCCUCUCUCUCUCUCUCCCUCAUCCUCCCUGCAUCCUGCCUCACCCCACCUUUCUCUCUCUGUCUUUCUCCUCCUCCUCCUCCUUCGUCCAUCCUCCCGCCCCCUGUCCAUCUCUACCUUCGUAUCCCUCUCUCUCCUCUCUAUCACUCUCUCGCAGAUGCCACAUCAUACCACACGCUCUCCCUCUCUCUCUCAUCCUCUCUCUCUCUCUCUCCCUCUCUCUCUCUCUCCCCCCUGUCCGUCUGCUCUCUGCUCUCUCAUUCGUUGUGCCGGCUCACCGCCGGCUGUCAGUUCAUUUUCCGCGGCAGAGCAACAACUGGCUUCUUUCAGAGCCGGGAGCUGAGAGAGGAAGGCGAGAGCUGCAGGAUGAGUGGAAAAAGAAAAAAGUGAAGGAGGACAAGAAAGAAAAGAAAAGGAGGAAAAGAGGAGGAGGAGGAGGAGAUCUUUUGUUAAGCAUCCUUUCCUCCCCUCUUCUCUCUUUGGCAGCAGCAGCAUCAGCACCACUGCCUCCAUCAGCGCCGCCGCUCCCGCUGCUGGAUCCUCUGUCUCCUGCCGGGAUCUGCCUCCUCCUUCUCCUCAGGGAGCUCUUCCUGGAACUGGGGGGGAGGGAGAUCAGCACCUCCCAGCUUGCCGUGGACCCUCGGCAAGGCAUCGGGGGAGAGAGGGAAGGAGGAGCAGGGGAUUUUAGAAGAGGCCGACAGGAGUGUAGAGGAGAGGCAACACCCUGGUUUAUAGGAGAGAGGAGAAGAGAAGAAGAAAAGAGGGUAAGAGGCCAGCAGAGUGGACCUGUUGUCGCAGUUUCACCCUGUUAUUUUGAUUUUUCAACUCUUUCCUCCCAUUGUGGAAAAUUUCUGAAGCAAUUUUUGUGCAUUUUUCCCUCUCUAUCUGAUCAGAGGAGAUUUUUAUUUCUAUUUUUUUUCUAAUUGUCCUCCUCAGUGUGCCGUAUUCGUCUCCUAAAGUCUUUUUUUUAAGUGCUUGUAAAUGUUUCAACCUGUAUUAUCCCUUUUUCCCCUCUUAUAUGCUGUCCACCGUUGCCAUAUUUGUAGGACCGCUGGUCAAUAAAAUCAGAAAAAUGAAGGAUGUGGAUGUCAGUGUGUGAAAGUAGAGUCCCAUGAGUGAAGAAAGAGAUGGGAAGGAAGAGCAGCAGUUCUUCAUCGUGACAGAAAAUUAAAAGAGGGAUUUUAAAAAGAAAGGAAACUUUUGACUCGAGAAGACAUUUCACUCUGAUCGUCUGUUUUCUUCUUUUUGUUCUGACAACCUGUGGUCGUCUGUGUUUGAUUUGUUGAAUUUGUAAUAAUGUGUGAUGAAGUUUGGAUGAAGGCGAAGGGAAGAGAAGAGUCUGAGUGUUUGAUUUUAGCUGUUGCCCCUGCUGUCAGAGUAAUCUGAUGAGUCUCCAGGGUGCUUCCACUGAACAAUCAAUGAUACUUUGGCUAGCCGACCUCAGUGUGUGUGUGCGUGCGUGUGUGUGUUAGCGCGCAUGUGUGUGUGCAAUGAUCUCUGGCAGGAGCCCUCAGGUUCUCUUUCCUCUCCCUCAUACAGAUGGCCUGGGUUGGGCCAGGCUAGCCGUGGAUUUGCGUAUACAUGUGUGUAAAUGUGUGUGUGUGUUUGGCUGCGGGUGGUAAAUCCCAGCUCUCUGCAGCUCGGGGGUGGUUGGACGUGUUUAGAUGGGUGGGGGUCUUCCUGGUUUUGGAUGAGGAUAUGUGUUUGUAUAAUUGUGCGUAUGUGUGUUUGUGUGUCUCCUGGGCUGAGAGGUCCUGGGCAGCCAGCUGAGAGAAGAAAUAGACAAAAAGAACUUGUGGAUUUGCAUCUCAUGUGCCUUUUUUCCCCUUCUUCAUUCUUUGUUUUCUCUCUCUUUCUACCCCUUUUCUCGGUGUUUUCCUUUCUUUUCCUUUGUACCGUGUUGAUUCUGUCUAUCAAUCUGUCUGUUUCGCUUCAGGCUUGCUGCAGAGUUUAAAUUUUUCAUCCCGAAGAAUGAAUCUGUUUCCUUAACCAAUCCUGGAUUGACUCGGUUUACUCUUCGAUGUAAACGCAAAAAUAUCCAAAAGACACGUCCUCUACCUGAACCGCAGCAAACUGUGUUUUCCUGCCUCAGUUUUGAUAAAUGUGUGUGAUGCAAUUCAAAUUUAGAAACAGUCAAUCUCAUGUCAGCCCCCCAGCUUCAAGGAUAUACACACACCGAUGAGCCUAUUCCUUUUACCAAACCAUCCGGAGAGUAAUUGUAAAUAUUGAUUAGAGACAACAAAUCAAUGGAAUGAUUUUGGAUCGGCUUAGCUGGAGCUUGCUCUUUGUAUUCAGUCGGCUAGUUCAAUUAGAAUAGAAUGGAAUAAAUUUGCUUGAACUUUUCAUCCAUUAUUCAUGGCCUCGCUCCUGCAUUUAAACUCAUCGCUUUAAUUUGAAAAUAAAGAAGAGGGGGAAAUCAUAAUAAUGAUUGCCAAAUUAACAUUUAGGAAUUAAUUUAAAAGGCUUUUUAACAUUUAAAAUUUGGAAGUGAAAAAAAGUCCUCGGGCUGCCUCUGUUGAAUUUUAAGUUGAGCUUGAAUGUAUAUAUUUUUCAAUAAUCGAAAUCAUCCUGAUGGGAGCGAGGGGGGAGCAGGCUGGAGUGCUGCGGGAAAAAAGCAGCACUAUUUUUAUAAAAUCAAACAAAUUAGUUCGCUGCAUGUGCUGCGUCCUCCCUCCUGUGGUUAAAUCCAUGUGUUGAUUUCUCUCCUUGUGUUGCAGAGGUGGGAGGGAGUGGGGGGUAGUGGUGGUAAUGGAGUGUACGGGGCUAUUGUCACACCACGGCUGCUCCCUGCCUGACCUCCUUAACCCCGCGUCUCCCCUGUGUGUGCACCCCCCCUCCCCUAAAACCCAACCCCUCCCCACCCCCCACCCCCCUCCUAGAUCUCAUUAUGCCAGCGUAGGGCCAAGCAGGACCACAGACGGCAGCAGGGAAACCAAAUGUCACCGCUGGAUGAGGAUCUCCAGAUUACAGGGGCAGCGCUGCCAGGUUGUGACCCAGGUAAGAGGCUUGCGGUGGGGGGUUCGGGCUGCACCACACUCCCUUUCCCCCCCCUGAUACCACCAGAGUUUUAUGAAAAGAACUAAGAGAGUCUGAAUCAAGCACACCUCAGCUUCUCACACCCUUUUUUUUUUAUUUUGUUUCUUUCUGUUUUCACCCUCCACACAUGCUGCUGGCUGGGAUUGAAAAUGCCACCGUUGUCAAUUUUCUCCUUUUGCAGAAGAGCCAUUGAUGGAGCCUUGCCUCACGCUGCAGCUAGGCGUCUUCAAUCAAUGCAACUGCCCCUCUUUCUCUAUAUGUGCAUGUUUCUGUUUGCCACUGGAGCCUGAAGGGGGGCUGCUGAUGGCGGCGGCGGUGAUGGCCAUGGUGGUGAUGGUGAUGGUGGUGGUGAUGAUGAUGAUGCGAUGGCAGUGGCGCUGCUCACGUGGUUUCUGGCUUAGCUCCCUGUGUUUACUGAAAGACUCUCUUCGGUGA